AUGUUUUUGUGUUUAUUGGCAAAUUUCUUGGUCAAAACGAUCGAAGAGAUAGAAAUACAUUUUAGAUAUUUCAAUGUUGAAUAUGAUUAAAAAAACGUUACUUUCGAUCAAGCAGCUUUCAUCAAAGCUUUAUGAAAGCUAUUAUUUUAAUAUAUCAGUGACAUCAGAGGUACAGAAAUUAAUUUAACACUAAACAGUCGAUUUAGAUUGGGUUAGUAACUAGGAAAAUGUAAAUUCUUAGUGAUCUUAUAAUAAAUAGCGCAUUAAAACAGAUAUGACAGCACUUACAGUAGAUGGAAAGGUGAGAGUAACAGAGAAAAAUGUACAAUAUAACUUUGCACUUACAAAACGCAACAAAAGAUAGGCAAAACAAGUUUCAAAUACAAAAAUCCUCAUUCGAGUUGAUAUGGGGGUAUGGUAGCCACCCAGGCAAGCAGCUAGAGAACCAUGCAUCUAUUAUCCUGUAUUCUAGAUAUCAAACUGAUUUUAAAAGCCUGAAGGACAACGAAACACUGAGGUAAGUAAAACGUGGUUUCAAUAUGUGACGCCAUUUGAGUAAAAAAAAACGUAAAUGUGCUUUACAUUUGAGUCCAUGCUGACAAUAACCCAAAGAUUACAAGAGUUACCGGCCGUUAUCGCAUUUGCGAGUUGCCGUGUGGUUCGGUGCACGUCACCUGUCCAACGGUAGUGCAUCAGUAAUGGAAGGGCGCACACCUGCAGUUCAGGUGACAAACAAGAGAGGGCAUGAUCUGUUGUUGAUCAAUAGUUGGAACAAGACCAAGAAAAUAUUUCAACUGUACAUUCAAUCCACAAUUGCCUGAGCCCUGUAAAACAGUAAAAUAACUGCACAGGAGAAUGGGAACGAAAUUUUCGUCUUCAUUAUGCCGAUAUGAAUGCUUAAUAGUUUUAAGGCACGUUCCGUGUUUGCAGGGCAAAGUACAUUCCAAGGUUCGCAAAGUUCGAAUCGUCAAAGAAACCGUAGCCAAAGUGCUUGUUGAUCGACCAGGCCACCCCGACACCUAGUCCCAACUCUUCAAAGACACUACAAAGCAUACAUAUGUUGUUAGGGAUAAAAGAUACAUGUUUACCCUCAAUCUACGGAUAAUCUGAUCUGCCCUUCCGCGUAUUUUGUUGCAGAUCUCUGGUUUCCUAAUAGUAUCUGGAAACAAGGGUCCUCGUGUCGAUGAGUAACCAGAGUAAAAGUAGAACGUCGGAGAGUUAGACGAAGUAAAGCGAUCGCCCCCACGGCUGUUGGCAAAGAGUGCGAGGGGCGAUCCAGAGGAGGCUUCUCAUGUUCCCCUACCAACCGCAGCCUAUCGACCGGGCUGUCUCCCCGCCGCUGUACCCGCCUGUAGCCCGCAGCCAGACCCUCUCAGGCACACGGCAGCAGUCGGGCAUGGUCUUCCUUCCCCUUUCCCCAACAUUUCAGCCACUUUCUUCACUUCUUGGGCGACGUACGGUGCGUACAGCAUACCCUGGGAAAAUUUUAGGUCAAAUUAGUCACACGCCUAUCAACUUUCGCCUAUAAUAGACAAUGUUUACACAACAUCUCAUUAAAAUAGGACAAUAGCCAAUAGAAAGAAACGUCAACUUGUCGGCACGGAAUACAUAAUUGAUCUGCGCAUGCGGCCUGUGGCAGCGCCUCCAAAAUAAUGCAUCUGUCGGCCGCUGCGGUUCCCACAGCUCGAGACCAGGCUGCUGUGUAAUUAUUUUUUCGAUCGGCAAGGAAUACCGUCGUCGUGCAUGCCCAACUCAAGCGAUUCCAGCGCCGUUCAGCGGCUCCCGUUUCCCCCACAAUCACUCAGGAAGGCUGUUGGGAAAUUGGCACGAAGUAGGCAUGGUUCAUAGAGGGGCUUUCCUACUUAAAGCUGUUGGAAUACUGCUGCUAACUUCCACGAUACAGCUCUCCAAUGCUUCUGGAUAUUUCGAGCUGCAAAUUAACUCGAUACAGAAUAUCGCGGGUCAGCUCAGCAGUGGAAACUGCUGCGAUGGAGUUAAAGAUUAUGACGGGUCUUGUACACAGGAUGCGUGUGAUACUUACUUCAGAGUUUGCCUCAAGGAGUACCAAGGAACAUCGGCAAGUGGAACCUGUACGUUUGGGAGAUACACCAGUCCCGUGUUGGGAGGAAAUUCCUUUUCCCUGUCAAACAAUGGAAACAAUGCGGGACGACUCCGGCUUUCAUUCGUUAGUUGGACGAGUGGCUACACAUUGAUACUUGAGGCUUGGGAUCGGGACAACUCUAGCAGGACAGAUGGCCUCAUUGACAGCUACUCUGUCUCUGGCAUGAUUCACCCUGGAAAUACCUGGCAGAAUUUUCAGUACAAUGGACCAACAGCAGUUAUUGAUUACAAGAUCAGGGUACUGUGUGACGAGCACUACUAUGGAUCCAACUGUAGUCGGUUGUGUCGCCCCAAAGAUGACUUUGUAGGACAUUUUACCUGUGAUCAGAAUGGGAAUAAAGUUUGCAGAGAAGGAUGGAUGGGAGCUGACUGCAAAACACCUGUCUGCAGAGUUGGUUGUAACACAGCCCAUGGACAUUGCUCCGUUCCAGGACAGUGCAGGUGCCAGUAUGGCUGGCAAGGUCCGCUGUGUGACCAGUGCAUACCUUACCCAGGGUGUGUGCAUGGGAGCUGUCACAGUCCCUGGGAGUGCCUGUGUGAUACCAACUGGGGUGGUCUGCUCUGUGAUAAAGAUCUGAACUUCUGUGGGAGACACCAGCCCUGUCUGAAUGGAGGCACCUGCCAUAAUGAAGAUCCAGAUGAGUACAGGUGUGAAUGUCUGGAAGGAUUUUCCGGAAGGAGCUGCGAAAUUGCUGAACAACCCUGUGUGUCCAACCCGUGUCAGAAUGGCGGGCAGUGUACGGAAGUUUCCAACGGUUUCCGUUGCACCUGUGCCCUUGGCUGGACAGGAGACACCUGUGACAUAGACAUUGAUGAUUGCAAAGAACCCAACCCGUGUGCCCAUGGAGGGAGAUGUGUGGAUGAGUUGAAUGGUUAUCACUGCCAGUGUCCACCAGGCUGGCUCGGAUCCACCUGUCAGAUAGAUGACAACGAAUGUGAAGACAGCCCAUGUGAGCAUGCCUACGCCUGUAGGAACCUGAUUGGAGACUACGUCUGUGACUGCCAGCCAGGAUGGACCGGCAAGAAUUGUCAUAUCAACAUUCCUGACUGUACCGGACAGUGUCAGAAUGGAGCAACAUGUGUGGACCUGGUGAAUGGCUACCAUUGUGAGUGCACGCUGGGGUUCGAGGGCAGGCGCUGCCAGAGGAACAUCAACGAGUGUCUGAGCAAUCCUUGUCGCAAUGGAGGGCAGUGCGUGGAUGGUGACAACAGCUACACUUGCAGAUGCCCACUGGGAUUUGUUGGUCGAAACUGUGAGAUUGACGUGGACUUCUGUAACCCCAACCCCUGCCAGAAUGACGCCCAGUGUUACAACCUGGAGACCGACUACUUCUGUCAAUGUCGAGACGGGUUCGAGGGCAAGAACUGCACACACCUGAAAGACCACUGUCGGACCGGGCCCUGUGAAGUGAUAGACAGCUGCACAGUUGCUGUUUCCUCCAACACAUCCAGUGAUGGGGUGAUGAUCAUUUCCUCUAACGUCUGCGGGGACCAUGGCAAUUGUAUCAGCCAGCCUGACGGAGACUUCACCUGUGCAUGCAACAGGGGUUACACGGGAACGUUUUGUCAAGAAAACAUCAAUGACUGUGCUGUGAACAGAUGUCUGAACGGAGCGACAUGUGUGGACGGGAUCAACUCCUUCCAGUGUGUGUGUGCUGAGGGCUGGGAAGGGAUACUUUGCAACCAGAAUAAGAACGAGUGUUCUCCAAAUCCCUGUCGCAACAAUGGAACGUGUGUGGACCACGUCGCAGACUUCUCAUGCCAUUGCAAGAGGCCCUGGAAAGGAAGGACCUGCAACAACCUGCACAGUCACUGUGAUGACAUGACCUGUGCCCAUGGUGGCACCUGUAUCGACCUGGGAGACACCUUCACCUGUCUCUGCUCACCUGGCUGGGAAGGCUUCACCUGCCACAUAGCCAAGAAUCACAGCUGUGCAUCCAACCCAUGUCAGAAUGGGGCCACAUGCAUCAACAGUGGAGAUAGCUAUACCUGCAUGUGCAAGGAAGGUUUUGAAGGGCCACAGUGCCAGGACAAUGUGAAUGAUUGCAACCCACACCCCUGUUAUAACGGUGGGAGCUGUGUGGAUGGAGUCAACUGGUACAGAUGCGAAUGUGCAGAGGGCUUUGUUGGACCAGACUGCAGAAUAAAUAUCAAUGACUGUGCGUCCCACCCAUGUGCCUAUGGCAGUACCUGCCUGGAUGGCAUUAAUGACUACACCUGCAAGUGUCCUGCUGGCAGAACAGGACGGCACUGUGAACUGGUUUUAGGGGACCUGCAGCGGCAGCCAUGCUGGGGAAGUGGCGGGCUGUUUGCACAUGGAACAAAGUGGGAGGAUGAGUGCAACACCUGCUCCUGCAGGAAUGGAGAGGUGGUGUGCAGCCAGAUCUGGUGUGGACCCGAGGUUUGUUUUGCGGGAGACGGGAACACCAUGGACUCCAUGGAGUGUCCGCCAGGACAGUACUGUAUGGUGCCCACAGAGGACUCCUGUUUCACCCCUCCCUGUGGACGGUGGGGACACUGCCGCACCCCGGGACUGGACCUGCCCUCCGGACCGGUCAGCAGGACAACCACCUGUCUGCCCAACACCACCGAACUGGACAACAACUGUGCCAAGAUAACCCUCAUGUUCGACAAAGGUGUUUGUGUGGAGGAUAUCUGCAAUACUCUGCGUCACUUGCCUGUUUUGGAUGAGCACGCCUGGGACAAGUCUCUCCUACUUCUGUGUGACACAGUGGAGGACAUCAACAACUCCAUAGCUGUUGCAGUGUCCACAGAGGACACUACAGGAGGCAGGGACAACGUGGUUCGUGAGGUCGUCAACGCUAUAGCAGACUACAUCAGCAAAAAGCAGAGCAACAGCUCUAUCCUAGCAGCUAUUGUGGAGGUGAAGGUAGAAACCACUAUCAUCAAUUACAAAGACACAUUAAUGGUCCCGUUGAUCUGCGCCGUGGUCGGCUCCAUCGUUCUCAUCAGCCUCGUGGUCGUCCUGAUCUGGUGUCUCGGCCGGCGGAGGAAGCGACGACCCCCCAACCCAGACCACAGAAUAAACCUGGAGAAUAAGACAAACAAUAAACAAGAGGAUGUCAACGUACAGCGCUACAGAAAUCCCAUAUACCAACCAAUAGACAAGGGCACACAUUCGAGAAAUUCAUUAGACUCAGUUGACAACCAACACAGAGAAAAAGUUACACAUAAAAACCAAAGAGUACUUUACAAAAGAGACUCUUAUAGAGAUAGAGGGAAGCAUAAUUUAGACAAGCGAAAAAAUAUAAAAGACAUAAAUACAAGAAGUUCACAAAGUGUUGCCAGCAUUGAACUGAUAGUAUAGCCCCUGUGGCACUAUGUGUAAGUAUUAUAAAGUUAUUGUGUAGAUGUUUAGUUCGCAGAAGUUAUGUUAAUUUUUUGAGUGUAAUAUAUUGUGAGCAUCUCCAUAUGUGUGAUCUUUAUGAGACGAUUCUGAUAUAGAGUUUUCUUAUGCAGUAUUGGAGUCAGUGCUUUUGUAUGUUUUGUUGAGAUUGUGUACAAAGUCAGAUUUAGAGUGAAAGCAGAUGUUAGAGUCUUCACCGAGAUCGUUGGUUAUUCAAAGCAAAGCUAUGUCCCAGUCCUCUUUCUGUGGGUAAAUGUGUAUGUUUUAAAAUGGACACUUACAAUGACACUGCCGAGCCUCUCCUAAGCACAUCAUGUUAGCAAAAGAGAUCUCUCUGGGUUAUUACAAAAAUGGACAACCCUUCACAAAUGUACAACUUCCGCAUUCGACUGCCAUCUUAAAAAUCCCUGAGGGACCAUUGAAAUAUACGCAGUUAUACCAUUCUAUGCACAAACUUCUAUAGUACAGCUUUUACAAAUUAUCUCUUGGAGAAUGACUCUCCUAUUUUGAUAUUCAGAUAUAGUGAUUGGAUACCAACUUUUGGUACGAGCUGUGAAAAACAGUUUCUACUCUUUCUAGUUACAUAGUGAGACUGCGUUCCCCUGUACAACCAGCAACUAUGCACUGCUAUGCAAGAAAAAAACAGCCUCAUACAGUGUGACUACUCUGUGACACUACUGGCUGAUGAUAUCAGCAAAUUUCUCAGCGCAGCUAUUACUAUUAGGAUACAGCAACAUGGAAGGCUCCCUACUUCUCUUAGUCACAUGAUGUUGUUGCACUGCAAUACUGGGCCAUUCAUGCAGAGAACAUUUGGUGCAUGCGCGAUCCCCCCGUUUCUCAGAACACGGCGGGACGUGCUGCUUUUAGAGCUCUAGAGGCAGAACGCAGGUUGAAAUUUGUAGAAGUAAUGGAGAUGAAAUGUCCUGUCAAACUGUAGGGAGGGGAUGCUUUGGUCUCUUAUGGUAGAAGUUGUCUAUUUUGGGGUUUCCUUUGGGCUAAAUCUCUGGGGGAGUAAGUGAAAGAGAGAUGGGAUAUCCCUGCAUGAUGGAGCAUGGACCAGGACUGCAAUGCAUCUUUCAGGACGUACAGGCUGCAAAAGCUCCUGGUAUGCACUACAACAGAGUUGCUGUAGCAGAAGGGCUACUGGACUAGAGAGGGAAAUCAUAUAGAUAUCAACUAUCUAUGAUACUUGAUACAGAACUGUACAUAUGUAAAUAUCUAAUUGAUAUUCAUGUAUAUUUGAUUAAUUUAAAGAAGUAAUCAAGAGAGAGAGAGAGCUGGACACCAUUCCUGUAUUUAUAUGUGAGUUUGUGAAUGUUAAUAGCUGUUGAGAGCAUGCCCCAAGUUAUGCGUUAUGCAGAAAUAUUUAUCAUGGAUGUAUGCUGUCAGUAUUGAGACUUCCUGUCGUACAUCUAUUGUACAGUGCCGUCACUGAACAUAACAAACAGUCCAAGUGUAGACCAUACCUUACAUUACAACAAUACAGUAGUGCAAACCUAGUAGUGAAACUAGAAAACAUGAUAACUUCAAUUCUCUUCUCAUAAAAAGAGAAACACAUUGUACAGAUGUAAAACAGGGCUAAAAAUUUGAGGUAGGAGUCAAAUUAUCUACAUUGUAUUUGCCCAUUAGUGGAUGGCUUUGAGAUACAUCUAAGUACAUUGUCCAUUAGUAGUGUCCAAUAGUUCAAAGUAAAAUGAUGUUUUGAAAUAGUGAUUGAAUAAUAUGCUUGAAUUUCUAGCCCUGUUUCCUAUCACCGGGUGAACAAACAGUAUAUUGAACAACAUCAGAACAGAGUCAUCCAAAUUGCCCAGUAUACAGGAUCAUAGGUUGAGUGUUCUGUGGGAACUUUUUCUUCUGGAAACAAUUCAGUUUGUUUUUUCUGGCUGUAAAUUCCUGCUGCACUGCUUCUCCCCUGACUCUUCUGAGAUGUGUCCUUUCUAGAGAGGUCUCUCGUUUAUUUUUCUACUUCAAUGAGGACUUGAAUUUUCCGACACGUCACCUUUUGCAGAUUACACUCUCCAAAGGGCUCCAGAAAUCAUUUUCUUCUGCUGAAGGCAUGGAGAUGAUAUGUGACACAUGACUGUGAAAACACAACAAGUAGCAUGUAAAUUAUGAAAGCUUCUCGGUAUUUUCCCAGGUACAAGUUUGUAUGCGGACUUGCAAAAAGACCUAGGGACAUGUUUGAAAUAAAUAUCUAUUUAAGAUAUUUUGUACCAA